AUGGAGGGCCAUGUCAAGCGCCCCAUGAAUGCAUUUAUGGUGUGGUCCCGUGGUGAGAGGCACAAGUUGGCCCAGCAGAAUCCCAGCAUGCAAAAUACAGAGAUCAGCAAGCAGCUGGGAUGCAGGUGGAAAAGCCUUACAGAAGCCGAAAAAAGGCCCUUUUUCCAGGAGGCACAGAGAUUGAAGAUCCUACACAGAGAGAAAUACCCAAACUAUAAAUAUCAGCCUCAUCGGAGGGCUAAAGUGUCACAGAGGAGUGGCAUUUUACAGCCUGCAGUUGCCUCAACAAAACUGUACAACCUUCUGCAGUGGGACAGGAACCCACAUGCCAUCACAUACAGGCAAGACUGGAGUAGAGCUGCACACCUGUACUCCAAAAACCAGCAAAGCUUUUAUUGGCAGCCUGUUGAUAUCCCCACUGGGCACCUGCAGCAGCAGCAGCAGCAGCAGCAGCAGCAGCAGUUCCAUAACCACCACCAGCAGCAACAGCAGUUCUAUGACCACCACCAGCAGCAGCAGCAGCAGCAGCAGCAGCAGCAGCAGUUCCAUGACCACCACCAGCAGAAGCAGCAGUUUCAUGACCACCACCAGCAGCAACAGCAGUUCCAUGACCACCACCACCACCACCAGGAGCAGCAGUUCCAUGACCACCACCAGCAGCAACAGCAGUUCCAUGACCACCAGCAGCAGCAGCAGCAGCAGCAGCAGCAGCAGUUCCAUGACCACCACCAGCAGAAGCAGCAGUUCCAUGACCACCACCACCACCAACAGCAGCAGCAGUUCCAUGACCACCAGCAGCAGCAGCAGCAGUUCCAUGACCACCAGCAGCAGCAGCAUCAGUUCCAUGACCACCCCCAGCAGAAGCAGCAGUUCCAUGACCACCCCCAGCAGCAACAGCAGUUCCAUGACCACCACCACCAGCAGCAGCAGAAGCAGCAGUUCCAUGACCACCACCAGCAGAAGCAGCAGUUCCAUGACCACCACCAGCAGAAGCAGCAGUUCCAUGACCACCACCAGCAGCAACAGCAGUUCCAUGACCACCACCAGCAGCAGCAGCAGCAGCAGCAGCAGCAGCAGCAGCAGUUCCACGACCAGCAGCUUACCUACUUACUAACAGCUGACAUCACUGGUGAGCAUACACCAUACCAGGAGCACCUCAGCACAGCCCUGUGGUUGGCAGUCUCAUGA